UCUCUCUCUCUCUCUCUUCUCUCUUAAGCAAUGGCGGAGCCACCUCCAGCUAAAAUUACACAUGUCACCGCAUUGCUAGUGGUGCCUCGGGGACAGGUCAUCAGCGCCGCGCGCUAUUAUCAAGACGUCUUUGGUGCUGCCUUCAUAGACAAAUAUGACGAUGUCGUCGACAUCGUUCACCAGGCUACGAUAAAGAUAGGAGCAACUACCUUUUACAUCACUGAUCAAUAUUCAAGAGACCUACCGGCGCCAAACCUUUGUAUACGUUUAAAAUGCCAGGAUCCGAAAUCUUUGAAUGCGAGGAUUUCUCGAGACGGAUUCAGUUAUGGUCAGAGACCGACGGCCAAGGAUUUCUACGAUGAUGACGGAUUGCUCGUUCGGAAUGUCAAAGACAAAUUUGGACAUUCUUGGCAACUCGCCAAGAACAAAAGUGAAUAUGUCGAUCCAAGAUUCCGGGAUUGGACUGUUCGGUCGUAUUCAAUUGAACCGGUGAGAGUGACUCCGAACAUGCUUGUGCCGGCACCCGAGGGUCGGCACGCGUUUGAGCUUUAUGAUAAGGCUUUUAGAGGUGAGCGUCGCUGCUACACCACCAUUCCAGGGCCGGCGCAAGAGCAGCCUGUGGGUUGUUAUCUAAUCGACCUGGGUUCAAGCCAUAUUUUGGUAACAGAUGAUAUGGAGGGUGGUACUCACUGUCGUCUUCAAUUGGAGUUAGACAAGUCCUGUGACAUUACAGAAGCAACGGACUUUGCGUUGGAUAUGGGAUGCAAACUAGUAAGCGGCGUCAAAGAGGACCCACUGCGUCCCGGGGUGCUGAUGGCCACCGUCGAGGAUCGGUACAAAUUUGUGUGGCAACUAUGUCAGCCCCUGGGUGGUCUUGGGAUUUGGAAAGAAGGUUUUUUAAGUGAGGAACGCUUUAAAGUUAGCUAUAUUUUUGAGGAUCUUCGCACAAUGCAUUUGUCAAAUAAGUUCCGAUGCCGCAUGCCAGAUGUAAGGAUGCAGGUUUUAAACAAAACGGAUUACGACAAAAACAGCCGGAAAUUCGAUCUUGGACGUGAAGACAUUAUUGUAGUGGAGUUUAUGUCAAGCAAGGAAGUUGUGGACGAUCUGAAGAAAAAAAUUGGAUUUCGAGGUCUAAUAGUUGGCAUAGUGAACGAAGCUACAGAUAUUUGCCCGAUUGUACAGAGGGAUAUGAUGGAGGAGUAUGGUUGCCAUGUGACGUUGGGCUUGUCCCUCCAAACCCACGAUCUAACCCAUGAAGCUGUUAGAGAAAUAUUCAUUGCUGCUCUGGAGUUGAGGGAGAAGAGGACUGUUGGGCAAAGCACUGAGAGGGUACGUGCCAUAGAAUUCGUAAAGGGGCUGAGAACUACAGAGAAUCAGAUUGAGGAGGUGCAGGAGGAAGAGCCAGAGCCACAGAAGGAAGAGCCAAAGAGAAAGAGAAGACGGUGGAACAAAUUAAGGAACAGACCGAAGAGGCACAAGCACUGAUGGAGAAAGAAGAGGUUGAGAAGAAUGACAAAGAGGCAUAGACACACAUACAAACCGGAUGAACAAAAGCUGGGCAAUAUUUGAAGUGUCCUCACAAAGCGUUUUGGCUUUUGGAUGAUGCAGACCAUUUAGUCUUGUUCUCAUAAAAAUGAAUAUUGUCAACUCUUUUUGUGGUCCAUCUGAUUCCCAAUCCCAAGUUCCCAAAAAUUUAAUCUCAGAUUUUUUUGUUUUGGUUUUCGUUUGCUA